AUGGAGGCCCUUGAAUGCCCUUCUUCCAGUGGAAAGCCCAAUCACGCAGAUAUCCUGCUCGUAAACUUACAGUAUGUUUCAGAAGUGGAAAUAAUUAACGACCGCACGGAAACCCCUCCUCCUUUAGCUUCACUCAACGUUAGCAAGCUGGCCAACAAAGCGCGGACGGAGAAGGAAGAGAAGCUGAGCCAGGCGUAUGCAAUUAGUGCUGGUGUCUCCCUGGAAGGACAGCAGCUCUUCCAGACUAUACAUAAGACCAUCAAAGACUGUAAAUGGCAGGAGAAGAACAUAGUCGUGAUGGAAGAAGUUGUUAUUGCCCCUCCGUACCAGGUGGAGAACUGUAAAGGCAAAGAGGGGAGCGCGCUGAGUCACGUACGCAAAAUAGUCGAGAAACAUUUUAGAGAUGUGGAAAGCCAAAAGGUAAUGCAGCGUUCACAAGCACAGCAAACACAGAAGGAGAGCUCCCUGUCGUCCUGAGUGCGGCCGCCCGCCGGCCGGCACGUCGCCU